AUGGAUUUCUGGAGAAAUGCUGAAGUAAAGAAGAAUGAUCGAGGUGAAAAAUUUCUGGAAACAACAAUCAAAGAAAAGAGAAUUCUAGUUACAGAAAGCAUCAUCAGAGAAUCUCUUCAAAUUGAGGACAGACCUGAGUACCUCAUGGAGAUUGAAGUUCAUCAAAUUGAGAAAGUUUUAGAGCAUAUGGGAUACAAAGGAACUUUUCCUCCUACAAUCAAAAAGAUGCUUCCUCCAUGCUGGAAGCUUUUGGCUCAUGUGUUCGUGAGUUGCGUUUCUGGAUGGAGAUCAGGAGCUAACGAGAUUUCUCUAGCCAAUUCUGGUGCCAUUGCUGCAUUGGCAGCAAGUUUUGAGUUUAAUUUCUCAAAAUUCAUAAUGAACGAAAUGAUACUGAAUAUUGAAGGAAGCAAAAUAGACAAAUUUUGUAUGUAUCCAAGAUUUCUACAAAUCAUCCUUAACGUAACUCACCCCGAGUUGCAGAGAGGAAAUGAUACUCUGGAUUUCAAAUCCAUUGGUCCAAGUGCCUAUGAAUUAAUGAAGCAAAAGAGAGGCGGAAAAUUUGUAUUUGAAGGAAAAUUUCCUUUAAUAAAAUUUGGAAUUUUUAAAGAGGAUGUCAGAGAAGAACCAAAAGAGAGGCGGAAAUUUGUAUUUGAAGGAAAAUUUCCUUUAAUAAAUUUUGGAAUUUUUAAAGAGGAUGUCAGAGAAGAACCAGUAGAUCAAUCCAUGCUGAUGGAAAAUGAAGACACUCAUCACUCUCCCUCUGAUCCUGUAGUGGAGGAGAUUCAUCACUCUCCCACAGCUUGUGUAGCUGAGGAGCAUGAUUAUCAGAAAGCAAAUGAUUCAAUAUCUUCGAUGAUGAUCUUUAUGAAUAUCCGUGCAAAUAAAGUCAAUGAAGUUGCUUCUCUAGCAACCAAGACUAGAGAUGAAGGAAAUUCUCUCAAAAUUAUGCUCUCUACCUCAAAGCCCUUGGAAAUCACAAGAAGUCAAGGAGAUGUGACAUCAGAGAUUCCUCCCUCUGUGUCACCUGUCUCAACAUCAACUCCAGUCAUUUCUAUGUUACCUGAACCUCAGACAUCUCAAAUUUCCAUAAGAACAAGCCAAUCUCUUGAGAGUCUAGAGGUACCCUCUGUGAAAUGUGCUCCUCAAGUUAUCUCAACAAUCACUACAACCACUGCUCACUCUCCUUCAAAGCAGACUGAUGAAGGUCCAAGCACCAUGUUCAAGACUGGUGGAUCCUCUUCUAUUCAAGAAUAUUCUCCAACACGAUCUUCUCUUGAUGAAGCAUCUAUCAGAUUAGUAAAACAUUUAGCUCAAUCUAGUCCAACCUCUUCACGCGGAAAAGGAAUAUCAUUUAACGAGGGUCGGAUGGAUGAUGAAAAAUCCUCUUCAUCUGAUCUCCGAGAAGAAAUUGGAAUUCUCCAUCAACAGCUCAUUGAAAAAUCUAUUCAGAUAGAUCAGCUUUAUGCACAUAUUUUUGAGCUCAAGGAAAAAGAUGAAGAAAAGACCAAACAAAUCAAGGAUCUACAAACGAGUCUCGGUUCUGUUCUGGCAAACUAUUUCAAUCUCAAGAAUGUAUUGUACUAUGCCUUUGGUGAGAAAGUCAAAGCCCUUUUCCAACAGCCUCAUGGAGUAGUUGAUCCUCCUUCUAUUCAAUCACCUCUUGCAACUGAUGAUCUUCCUGUUGACCCACCUGUUCCAAGAACAACUACCAUUGUAGACAAAUUUGAAAAAGAACCUGAAGGAAGCAGAGCCAGAAUCAUAAUCAAGCAGGGCAGAAGAAUCACAAAACAAAGCGAAGGUCUUUUAUUCAUGAAAAAAUCUAAUGAAAAUCGCAAAACAAAAGACACUAUCUUGACAGUAACUGAUUUGAAGAAAAGAAAGUUUGGUGAUGAGUACGGUGACAAAACAGGCAUCCGAAUGUGGGCCUUUGAUCCAGUGACGAACUUGUGGGUUGUAAAGCGAAAAUCAGAAGCAACUGAAUGUUACAAAAGCACCCAUGAUUUCAACUCCUGGACUAAAACUGAUCUAGCUGAAUUAUCCAGGGCCCCAUUUCAUAACCCCUCUGAAGAUCCAAAUGCUUCAAAUUUCAAAAGAUUUCUCGAUAGACAGGUCAAAGCGAACUUUCCUUCAAUGAAGACUGCCAAAGCCCUAUACAAAAAGGACAAAGAUGUUCUUGAUCCAGAAACAGGCGAACCCAUGAAGAUUAUACUUUGUCCUGCAACUAAGAAACAGAAGGAAAUUCCUAAUCCUCAACACUUUCAUGAGGGAUAUCUAGAUGACAUGGAAUUUUGGGCAUAUGAUGAUGAAACAGCUACUGCAGCCAUAAAAUUCAAGAAUCGAGAACAUAUUCUGAGAUUGAUUAGUGCUAAAGAUCUUCUACGCUUCAGAGAAAAUGAUAUACGAACUUUGGCCCAUCAUCAAAUCAUUUGCAGAAAGGAUGUCAUGGAGGCUGCUGCUAAAGAAUACACUGCAAUGGUAGCUACAAUUAUAAAUGGAAGAAUGUGGAUGGGAUCAAUAGGGAGAUCAGAUCUGAGGUUGUUUGAGAAGCCCGCUGAGGAGCCAAAGGAGUGA